UCCUCCUCCUCCUCCCGGCGAUCUCCGCGCUCAAUCGCUCCGGCGCCCCCCCCGCGCGCGCGGCGGUGUCUCUCUUCCUUCCGCGCCCGAGGAGGCGCUACCCGGCGAUCCUCGCGCCGUCUAGGGUUUUCGGCGAUUCCGCAUCGGGGGACGCGCCGUCGAGGCAAGUGAUUUUCCCCUCGCUCCGUGGGGGUGGGGGGGCCGUUUCCGGCGUCGUCUCGCGGCGCGUGGUUUUCGCGAGCUGUUGGCCGCGGGCGAUGCCACUGCCAAUGGCGAUCAGCUGAUGAUUUUGGUCCUCUUUUUUUUUUGCUUUAUAAGGUUUAGGUUUCGGAGCUACUGUGAUUAGUGGUGAGUAUUUAGUUUCCAGGCUCGCGCGAGAGGUACUGGACCGGGCGUUCUAGAUUGGCCGGGCCGGUUUCGCGGAAUAGGAGUUUCGGACAUGCGAGAGGGACUUCUGGAUUUUUAUGGAUAGAUUGUGUAGGCGAUCGAGACGUUGGAGGUUUCUUGGGAGCCGCUCGCCGCUAUGAAAUAUUGAGCCUUUAUGUGUGGGGGUGUUCUUGCCACCAGAAGUUCUAUGGUAGUUUCCUAAAAUAGCUGAGAGGGUUGAUUGUGGCAGAGUAGAUGGUGGUUCAUGGCUGCAUCUUGACUACUGUUAUUUUUUGGCCCGUGAGUAGUGUUGAAUAUUGAAGCUUUUUCACAAAAGAAUUGAAACCUCGCUUAGUGUGCAUAAAGACGGUCGGGGUUUUUGGACCGGUUAAAUUCUUUAAUAUAUGUGGGCAAGAAAUGCUCCUUACGGUAGAAUGAAAUUUGAGAAUGUCUUCUCAAGACAUGGCUGCUUAGUUAUUGUAUUGUCUUUAACGAAUUUAUAGAAUGAUCUUGCGACAAACCACCUUAGUUUAUAUUUUGGGAUGAAUAGUAGCAACUCUAUGAUUACGGUAAUGUCUUUAGGGCGAUUUUAAGUUGUUUAUCCUACGAAGAACAUGUUUACCCAGUUAUGAACUCACAAAGUUGUUUUUUGAGGUUGGUAAAUGUCCAUUAACUUUUAUUCUGUAGUGUCCAUCAACUUUUGAGCACUCAUUUGUUGCCAUGUCAUUUGACAUCAGAAAGCUGGUGUCUGUAUUGUAUUUAUUGCAGUAACAAUAAUUCGAGGGACCCGUUUUAGCAUUUUGAAACUGUGACUGCAUAUACUUAUCUUGGUGAACUUCUUGAUGUCAUAUUUUCUAAUUCAUUUGCAUAAAAUUGUUUCAAAUAAAGUUUUUGCAAUCUGGAAAUGAGAAAUGCUAGACUUACUAUAACUAGCUUACACAAUUAAUUUACUAACUGACAUGUCAGUUGAUAUUGAUUGUGCCCACUUGUUUAGUACUCACAGUUUGACGUACUACCUAGUAAACUGAUCUUCUAUACCAAUCUUAGUAAGUCUAGCAUUGCUCUUUGGAAAUACUUUCAUAUGGAUGUUGUUUUAAUGUCCAUUUUCCCCUUCAUUCUUUUUCUUGUCUUUUGUUUUUGGUCUGUUGAGGUUGAUGACCUGAUGAGAAUAAUGUUCUUUUGCUUGUAUUCAGGUUUUGUCCAAUUUGUUUGGAUGACCUUGGAGCAACUUUUAAAGCAUGGCAUCAGGGACAGCCGGAGAUCGAAAGUGGGGUGCUGCAAGAAGAGGCAGCAUGACUGUAUUGGGGAAAGUCGCCGUUCCCAAACCCAUAAACCUGCCGAGCCAGAGGCUUGAAAAUCAUGGUUUGGACCCAAAUGUGGAAAUUGUUCCAAAGGGUACCCUUAGUUGGGGCAGCAGGUCCUCUGCCUCUACGCCCAAUGCAUGGGGUUCAUCUAUGCUCUCCCCCAGUGCUGACAGUAGUACUAAUUCACCGAGCCACCACAGUGCUCGGCCUUCAUCGGGUGAAAGUGGCACCCGACCAUCGACUGCGGGAAGUGACAGGGCUCUUGAUUCUACUAAUGCAUGGGGAUCAAAUUCUCGGCCAUCUUCAGCUUCUGGAGCAUUGUCAUCCAGUCAGACAUCACUAGCAUCUUUACGUCCUCGCAGUGCAGAAACAAGGCCUGGUAGCUCACAGUUAUCUCGUUUUGCGGAAUCUGUGCUUGAUAAUUCAGUGGCUGGGGGUAUUGAAAGACUGGGACCGACAUCUUCCAAGAACGACAGGUUUUCUUUAAGUUCUGGGGACUUCCCAGUUCUUGGUUCGGAGAAAAAUGGUUGUGGGAGAAGUGCGGGCUCACAAGAGCAUGCUCCUCAAGGUUCAGAGUUAUCUUCCGAUACAGUGGUAUCGGUGAAAGAAGGUGAUAGCUCUGUCAAUGCUGAUCCCAGGAAUAGAGUUGAGAACUCAUGGAGAAGAGACAAUGCUCCCUGUGGUGAAGAUGGUGGACCUGGUGCGGACAAGUGGCGUGGGGAUCAUCCUCCUCACCAAAAUGCUGGCAUCCUCCCUCAGCAGUUUAGUGCUUGGCAUGGUCCUCUAGUUAACAAUCCUCCAGGUGGUGUUUGGUUUAGAGGGCCUCCUGGGGGCCCCCCUUAUGGAGCUCCUGUUGCACCUGGUGGCUUUCCUGUGGAACCAUUUUCUUACUACCGUCCUCAAAUUCCACCUCCUGCUCUUCCCACUCUGCAGCCUCCAGGUGCUGGACCUAGGGGACACCACUCAACUAGUGGAGAUAUGUAUAGACCUCAAAUGCCCGAUGGUUUUAUUCGCCCAGGUAUGCCUCUUAGGCCUGGGUUUUACUCUGGUCCUAUGCCCUACGAUGGUUAUUUUGGUCCUCCAAUGAACUAUCACAAUUCAAAUGAACGAGAUAUAGCAUAUACCGGGAUGGCUGCUGGCCCUCCCCGGUAUCCUGGCCAAAAUGCUCCUGAAAUUCCACAUAGAUCUGGUGGCUAUGGUUCCACUAAUAAAGCAUCAGAUGGUGAGGAAGUGGAUAUGGGUCAUCCUCAUAAUACGAGGGGGCAGUACAAAGUUCUCUUGAAGCAACAAGAGAGUUGGGAUGGUAAGGAUGAAGGACAUAAACGGGAGGGAAGUGUUACAAAGGACGAGUCAUCUCUGGACAAGGGCGAACCUGGCAAGAAAGCAUUGUCGAAAAACCACUGGAGAUCGGAUCGCAACAAUGAAGAGAAAGAUCUAGAAAAUGCAGGACCAGUUGAGGAGGCUUCUCAGAAGAUUGAUUAUAAAGGGGGUGGUCCUGGUCCGACCAGGGUAAAGGCACUUGAAAAUGUGCAAAGGGCUGAUGAUGCUGAUUCAGCGAGAGGACCAUAUAAGAACUCUGUUGUCCCAGAAGCUCCAAAAUCUUCUGUCGCUGCCCCCAAGGAUUCAAGUUUGAUCCAGAAAAUUGAGGGAUUAAAUGCUAAAGCUCGGGUUUCUGAUGAUCGCCAUGAGUAUACAUUUGUUUCCAAUAGGUCAGAGGAAGAUAAUAACUUUCAAGGACCGGACACCAUGUCUAGGCAUUCUGCAAAAGAAAUUGGCUCUGAUGCUCUUCAUGUUGAAAGAAUUCAUGUUGGUAAGGUGACCAAACCUAACCUGUCUGAAAUGGAUGCUCCUAGUGGGGGUAAGAGCCUUGAGCAAGCUGAUGUCAGUGAGUCAACCAUUUCUAGGCGGUAUCUUCAUGGAGUGCAAGGAAAAUCUCAUCAUCGUGGUAAAGGAAGAUCAAGCACUCAAGAUGUCGACGAGCGGGGGAAGAGAUCUAAGGAGCCUGACCAAUUAGUCGUUGUACCAGAUGCAUCUCUAGAGAUUUCUAACAUUCAUGCGCCCCAUCGUAUGUCUGGGAAAGCUAAUGAUAUCUGCACACCACUAUACCGAGGAAAGGAUGAGGGAGCAACUGUGUCCAUUGCUUACGAUCCCAGUGAGAGUGAGGCAGAGCGUGCUAAGAUGAAAGAGUUGGCAAAGCAACGGGUGAAACAGCGGCAGGUUGAGGAGGAGGAACGAGCUAGAGAUCAGAAGGCAAAGGCAGACAUGAAAUUGGAAGAACUGAACAGACGUGCACAAGCUGUGGAUGGUUCAAUUGGAAAAGGUGAAAAUGUGUCAACCGGUGCUACUUUGAAAAAGCAACAUAACUUGCAGCCCAUUGUUGAAAUGACAAAAGCUUCUGCUAGGUCUGUAGUGCUAAGCUCUCAGUCUGUUUCUAGUGCCAUCACAGUUUCUGAAGUUAGCGAUGGUAUUGGAAGAUCCACUGUUCGGUCCAAUCUUUCGCAAGAACCACCUGAUGGUGCUUGUAAGGAACAUGCAUUGGUCGGCAACCAGUCUCGGCCUUUGAAGCAGGACACUAAAACUGGUGGUGCUUCUGACCCUAUUGAAGAUGGUCGUAUGAUUAAGCAGACGCGUGUGGGAUCCAAACAUAAAUCACACAUUUCAUUAGAGAAAAACUUCAAUGAGAAGGGCACUCUUGAGCCGUCCAAAGUCCUUGCUGAUGGGGCAGAUAGUGUCACAAAAUCUGCUGAUGUUCCCUAUGAGAGCACUCCAAGCUGUGAGGAUAGGAUUCCUGUCAAUCCACAUGGUAUGGUUGAGUCUAUGGUUCAGCAAAGAAGAAAAGGCAACAAGAUUAGUAGGAACAAGCAUAAGGUGGAUGAGUCAUCCUCUUUAUCUGCUUUACCUGUACUUGCAUCUAAAGAGAUUAUUGCGGCCAACACUAUAGAAGAAAGCAGUCAGCUAAAGUCUCCUGAGUCCAAUUUGGAUUCUACGCAGGUCAUGUCACCACCUGAUUCUGGAGAUGCCAAACAUCCUUCAGAGCGGUAUCCAGCUACCGCUGGUGAAGAAGUCCAUACUAGAGUAAAUUAUCAGCGGAAGUCACAGCAUUCUCGCAGGAUGCCAAAAAAUCAACAUGCCAAUAAGCUCCACGGUAGUGAAUCUGUUGUAUGGGCGCCUGUUCGAUCACAGAACAAAGCUGAGGUUUCUGAUGAAGCUAGUGACAGGGCACUAGUUGAGGGCAUUAAUUCAACUGUCAAGAUCGACAAUCCCGUCCAGAAUAAUCCAAAAAAUAAGAGGGCAGAGAUUGAGAGGUAUGUCCCAAAGCCUGCUGCCAAAGAAAUGGCUCAGCAAGGAAGUGUUCAUCAACAUACGGUUGCUUUAAGCAGUAUAAAUUCCGGAGAUGUUAGUGUUGAGGCGGGAGGAGGUUCAGGUCCGCAAAGCAUUGAAAAUGCUCAACCUGCCAAACCAUCAUCUAGGAAUGGAGACGGUAGGUUAAAUAAGCCAGGAAGAGCCCAUGGAUCAUGGCGCCAGCGUGGGCCAAAGGAAUCAACUUUGCAUGUAUUGGCUGAUGGACAAUCUUAUACUGCGGACAUAGGUAAAGAUGGUCAAAAGUUGAGUGGGCAUCACCAAGCUGAGGAACAUGAACUAAGAUCAAUGGACGAGAAGCCAAAACGUUCUGAUGAGCAGGGUUCUGGUGAUGGUUCAAACCUUCCAUGUAAUUCCAACUCUACUGCUGAGGUCCCAAUUCAUCCUGCCAGAGAUCAAGGAGUUGCAGGAAGAGGAAAGCGUCAUGCUUUCCGGGCACAGAAAGCCCCAGGGGUUACUGUAGAUCAUGAUCAGAAGAAAAGCAUCGAGGAAAUGGAUGAAAGUCGGAACCAAUCUUUGGCUCCUGAGGUGAUCCAAAGAAGUCCAGUUGUUCCCAAGGAAAACCAUGUUGUCUCCGAACGUUCAACUUCUCAUUGGCAACCCAAAUCCCAUUCAUCUUCUGCUCAUAUUUCUCGAGGAAGUAGGGUGACUGGAGGUCAAAAUAUUCAGGCUGACAGUGGUGGAAUUGAUGCAGAGCUCCCUCACGGUGGUCUACCCGCUUCAGCACAGCAUGAAAUGGAACAUCAAGAAGCUUUGUCGACCAAUGACAAUCGAAAAUAUAAUUCCCGAAAAGAUAAUGUGAAUGAAGCAGGGCAUGUAGAGGGUAAGAUAGAAACGAAGGCUCUAGCAUUUGGAGUCCGUGGCCACUCUUCAAUACAGGGUCCAGUCAGGUCAACUGGUGAUGUGCGUCAUGAGUCCCAAUUUCCUUCGGGGUUCCACAAGAACCAGGGCGGUCGAAAUGCAAGAGGCAGUGGACCUCAUGGAGAUUGGAACUCAAGUGGGCCGGAAAAUAACCGACAUCGUGAAAGACAGCGGCCCAACUCACACUUCAGAUAUCAGCCUGUGGGGACAUACAGCGAUAACAGAUCAAACCAGGUCGAAGGAUCAAAAGAUGGUUCUCAAAGUGCUGGCAUGAAGUUUAAGGAGAAGGGUGGUCAAGGCAGUUCCAGGCGUGGUGGAGAGAACUAUACAGACCGGCAAGUUGGCACUGGUCGAGCUGAUGCUGACUGUAAUUAGUAGAGAGAGUAGAGUCCUAGAUGUGUUCUGUUGUAGAUGGCUCCUCUGGUCUUGAUUGGUAAUACCCCCGUGCCUUCAGGUAUUGACGUUUGCUGAUUACUGCGGACAAGGUGGGCUGAUGUGCCAGCUCAAGUGACGGGUUGUCAUGUCAAUGGUUGUCCAGGUUGAGAGCAUAGCCAGAUGCGUCUUGGAAGUCUUCAGUUGAUAUGGGUUGGUUUUGACAUUUGUGGUGGGCUUCUUACCUUACCUUAUUUUUACAAAUGUAUUGCUCUGAACAAUUUAAUUUGGUCAUGGGCUUAUCUUCAAUGGAUCUUUUCACA